AUGUCUGUCGAAGUCAUCACCACAAUCUCCCCCAACACCAACGAGGCCAUCCUCACUAGGAAUGGCGCCUCUGCGGCUGAUCUUGAGACCCUCCCCAAGGUCGCCACCGAGGCCUUUGAGAGCUACCGCAAGACAACGCUGAAGGAGCGACAGCAGAUCGUCCGCAAGUUCCUGGACGGCCUGUUGGCGAAGAAGGAUGAGCUCGGUGAGGAGCUUACCGUGCAGAUGGGACGUCCCAUCUCGUACACUCCCGGAGAGGUUGCCACAGCUGUUAAGCGUGGCGAAUAUCUCCUCAAGAUUAGCGACGAGGCUCUGCAGGAUACCGACGGUGAGGCCGAGAAGGGCUUCAAGCGUUUCAUCAGAAAGGUUCCUGUCGGUCCUGUGCUCAUCCUCUUUGCCUGGAAUUAUCCUUACCUCAUCUUGGUUAACUCACUGGUUCCUGCUCUGCUCGCAGGUUGCAGUGUGAUCCUGAAGCCCUCACCUCAGACACCCACCAUCGUGGAGCGUGUUGCCGAGAUCCUCAAGGAGUCGGGCCUCCCCGAUGGCGUCUGCCAAUACUUCCACUCUGGAUCCCCCAGUCUUAUGGAGACUAUCGUGAGGGAUCCCAAGAUCUCCCUGGUUUGCUUCACUGGCUCCGUUGCAGGAGGACUCGCAGUUCAAAAGGCGGCUUCUGACCGAAUUGUGGGUGUCGGUCUGGAGUUGGGUGGUAAGGAUCCGGCAUAUGUUCGAUCAGAUGUCGACAUUGACUGGGCUGCUGCUGAGAUUGUCGACGGCGCAAUCUUUAACUCGGGACAGAGCUGCUGCUCUCUUGAGCGUGUGUACGUGGACGAGAAGAUCCACGACAAGUUCGUCGAGGCGGUGCAGAAUGUGCUCAAGAGCUACAAGCUGGGUGACCCAUUCUCCAAGGAGACUCAGAUCGGCCCUGUCAUCUCGAAGCGAUCCAAGCAGACUGCCGAGGACCACAUCAAGGACGCCAUCGCCAAUGGUGCCAAGGAUGCGACACCCGAGAACGACACCUUUAGCAACCCGCCUGCCAAGGGCAACUUUGUGAAACCCACCCUGCUCACGGGCGUCGACCACAGCAUGCGGGUCAUGACGGAGGAGUCGUUUGCCCCAAUCAUCCCCGUUAUGAAGGUCAAGAGUGACGAAGAGGCCGUCAAGCUCAUGAAUGACAGCGAGUUUGGACUCACAGCCAGCAUCUGGACCAAGGACACGGACAAAGGAUACGAGCUUGCCGAGGAAGUGGAGGCGGGCACCGUCUUUGUCAACCGUUGCGAUUACCCGAGCCCGGACCUUGCGUGGACAGGAUGGAAGAACUCAGGCAAGGGACAGACGCUUAGCCGAUUCGGCUUUGAUCAAUUUGUGAAGCUCAAGAGCUACCACCUCAAGGAUUAUCCGAAAUAG